AGUUUGCUAGGACGUUACAUGAUUGAUUUGUCGGAAUGUAGUGUAGGUCAUUGAUUGCCGUAUUUGCCUGAUUAAUUUAACUUACUACAUACAAUUACAAAUGUUAGGCCAUUUGAUUGUAUUUGUGUCACGUUUAGUUUCUUUAGUCAUGCAUGAGAAAUUGCCACGCUGCAAAAAUGACGUUUGUUUUUCAAACUUAUAACGUUAUAUAUAAACGGCAGCUGAUUCGUUCAUGUGAGGCUAACGUGUGCCUCAUGGUUGAUCAACAUGGAAGAGCUGGGGAGAAUGGUGGUUCCGGACAGUGGAAAUGUGGUCCAGACAGCCGACAAUGGCGGUAGUACCAGCGGGCACAUGGCUAGCGCGCAGCCCGGCUUUGAAACCGAACAGGACCUUGCAGGGGUGGAGCUAGAAGAGGUCCGCAAGUUGCAGGAGCUAGUGCGGAGACUGGAAGUCCAGAACCAGACCCUGCGCAACAGGGGCACCAAACUUAUCAACAGCAACCUUACUUCGACUGGUACUGACAUAAAUAACCAAAGGACACUUGGCGAGGGAGUUACAAACUCUUCCGUUACGACGGAGGACGGAGGUGAGGUUAGCGCCCGAGACUUUGAACUGUCCCCCCCGCCGGACAGUAGUAGCAACAGCAUCGAGGACAUGUCCCCGCUGCCCGAAGCCUCAAGGCUAGAGGACGAAGACGAUGAAGAGAACCCGGAGUCCGCCGGCUUUCAUCUCACUUGCGCUGGCGGCAACACAGAGGAGCAGCCACAGUCAAGUCCCUCUCUGGAAAGCUGCGAGUCGGAGACGCUGGGUGGGAGCGAUGCGGUCAUGGACCACUCUGCCCUGGACGAUGUGGAUGUGCUUGAUCUGGGGGACUGUGUCGAGGCAGAGGACGAGGACAGCUGGCUCUAUGUGUCCCCUAAGAAGCAGGCGGCCGAGCAGGGCCCCCAGUCUCCUCUGAAGUGGUGUCGGCAGGUCCUGGACCAUCCCAGCCCAGAGACCGAGGUGGCCUGCAAAACCCUCAUCAACCGCUUGGACCAAUCGGCGGCGUCUCGAUGGAGGAACGUGUACUCCAGCCCCUCCCAGUGCUCGGUGGGCUCCACAGCAGAGGCCUCACUCUCCCCUGGGUACCACAAAUCCACUAACAAACCGCUACUAACCUGUGGCAGCUCAGGUUACAUGAGUAUGCACUCGGCGUUGAGCUCCCAGUCGUCUAUAGACAGCGAGCUGAGCACCUCCGAUGACUCCAUCUCCAUGGGCUACAAGCUGCAGGACCUCACUGAUGUCCAGAUCAUGGCCCGUCUGCAGGAGGAGAGCCUGCGUCAGGACUACGCGUCCAGCUCGGCCACCGCAUCCCGCCGCAGUUCCUCGGCCUCGCUGCAGUCCCUGCGUCGUGGAGGAGGAGGAGGCGCUUACAGCGACCAGGAGCUGGACUCCUACAGCCUGGAGGAUGAGGAGGACGCCAUGGGCUACUGCCCCCCGAGCCUGGGUCAGCGGCGGCCCAGAUGCUCGCCCUCGCCGCUGGGAUCGCCCCGCUGCCAGUCGCCCAGCAGCCCUCACGACUACGGACGCGUGGGCGGUCAGCCGCGCACACACACCCCACGGCGCUCCCUCCAGGGGCCCAGCGCUGAGCUCCUCAAAUACGCCCGCAGUGAAGAGGAGUUGAGACACAGCAUGCCUAACCUGGUGCCGCGUACCAGCCUGCGCUCUUUAGAGGCGGUCAGAAACAGCCGCAGCAUGGAGGCUAACCUGCAGAGCUCCGGCAACCGCAUGUCGCGCCUGCCCCUGUCCCCCACCUCAGGCGUGCCCUCCUCCACGCGACUCCGGAGCACCGGCCACUCCCCGCUCUCCCUGCGUGCUCCAGUGAAGGCCCUGGGCCCCAUGGGCUCUGCUGGGCAGGCGAGGCAGCCCGCGCGCGGGGCCCCUGGGGCUGCGGCCGGCCCUUCCGCCGGGGCACGCAGGGUCCAGUCCCCGGGGCCUGCUAACGGAGGAGGAGGAGGAGGAGGAGGAGCGUACCCAGCUGGCCGGACCAGCCUGGGGGCGAAACAGAUGCCCGGGAGGGGGAUGGCGGGAGCCGCGCCGCCCGCUAGAGGUCGUCUGUCACAAACGCCCAGGAGGUCUUUUGGGAUGACUAAAAUCGCAGAUGAGUCGUGGAAAGACGGCUGCUACUGAAGCCUUCAUCUCUCUCUCUCUCUCACACACACACACACACACACACACACACACACACACACACACACACACACACACACACACACACAUACAUACACUCACACACAUACACAUGCACACACAAAUGUAUACACAAAUCAUACACAUACACGCAUACUUACACCUCUUCACCCUGGUGCCACAGGUGAGCUGUUACGCACACCAGGAUUGUGGGGAAAACGGAGCAUUUAGACAUCUAACGGGAUUGUGGGGAAAACGGAGCAUUUAGACAUCUAACGGCGAUAACACUCUAAUCAGCAGCAGUCCUCGUUUUAUUGGUUUUAUUUUAUGUUAUUUUACUUUAUUUAGUUUGUUACCCCACUCCCUUUCCGAGGAAUAGGUCUUAAACGAAUUCACAGCUACAAAUAUAAUGAAAUGAGUGUGAGUGGUGAGUUGCAGAGCCCAGCUAGGAGAAAUUGUGUCACUUUUUAAUUUCUCUAGCACCGCAGAAACGACGAAAACACUGAUUGACAUUCAGGGUCUCAAAUGUCUCUAUUUUUAUAUCCACUUUGCUGAAACGCUGCGGGUGGAUAGGCUACUCGAUCAGCUGGAAGUGGUGUUCAGAGUAACUCUGUGCCAGCCCCACACUUCCCCCAGAAUAACGGGGCCGUCGAUCUGCAGCUUUACACGUCAGUGCAGUGUGGUGUGGCGUGGCGUGGCGUACCGGAGCCCCAGGCUACGGGCGCGAUGUCUUUGUUUACCGUUUAGUAUGUAAAAGACCUUUUACCUGUCGUUCUUUUUAAAGCCAAUCACAACUCAAUCAUGUCAAAAAUCAAUGUGGGCAGGUUUGUGGUAUGUGAUGUUUUGCACUCGUUCACGCACAUGUGUUUGUGUGUGUGUGUGUGUGUGUGUGUGUGUGUGUGUGUGCGUGUGUGUGUGUGUGCGUGUGUGUGUGUGUGUUUGUGGAAACGUUUGCAUCCACUCCUGUAACGGACAUGGGCACCUGUCUCUGAUAACUCUGAACUCUAAUGUACUUUGUGGCUAACUCCAAGCAGAGCAGUAUAUAUUAGUCAUCCACACUGCAGCUGACCCUCACUCCUUAUGGUGUCAUGACAACGCGCAGUUUUUAAAUUCUAUAACAUGGUGGUGUUUUAACUUGACUCAGUGUGUCACAUCAUUUUGUUGACACGGAUAAUUACCAUGAGGUAGUCAUGGAUAUACCCCCUGGCCUGCCACUAUGGAGUUAAAUGUGUGUGUGUGUGUGUGCGUGCGUGCGCGUGUGUCUCUGUGUGUUUGUGUGUGUGAAUGAGAAAGAGUGAGUGUGUUAUUAUAUGCACUCAUGUGUUAGCACCUAAAUAAGUGGAUUGACUUGCACGCAUUGCCAACCGCUAUGGAACUCUCAGUCAGGCCUUACAUGUGUUAUUUUUUUACAUGCACUGAAUACAGUAAACAAAUCAAUUAGUUUUUUUUUUUUUUCUUUUUUUAAGAAACAAGUGUCUGAUGUUCUAUGUAAAGUAACAUUUUUGCUCCAAAAAGAUUGUGUAUAUCUUAGUAAACAAAAAAAAAUAAGAGCACUUUAAUUUCUCUUUAUAUUUUUUUAUUGGUGUGUAUGCGGGGGGGAAUGAGUGUGUAGGCCAGGCAAGGCAUACUAAAUUAGGAUUAUUUAAAAUAAAAAUAAAAAACAACUA